AUGAAGCGGUUUUGCAAGUCAGGAGAUGGAAGCUUUUUAGCCCAUGCAAGUGUGAAGAAAGUGAAAUCAAUUGAAAAAAAUAUGCAUCUUGGCUUGGAAUGAUCUGUAGCUUUCGUUUUUGAACAGUGGCUGUAUUCACAGCUCUCCGAGAGUACGGAAUCGACGCUUUCAGACUUGAAUUUGGAAAAGAAGAUACCACUUCCUGGACCCAUUGUGUUGCAAGUAAAUUCAGUAAUCGAUAUUCAAAAAUCAGCUUAUGUCCAACUUACGAAACUUCUCAAUUUAAGCGAUGAUUACGUAAACACGGAAGAAAGCCAAGAGUCUCAUGACCGAACUUCUGUUUAUCUUGUAGAAGUAACAGAUGGGAGGAAAUGUUUCUAUGUUUGUGAUUUUCGAAACGAUUCGGUUUUCCCAAACUGCAAGCCGGGAACGAAGUUCUUGUUACACGGUAAUAUAUUGUGUCGUCACAGAGUAAUUCUUUUGAUUGGGCUGACAGUUCAGCUUCUGGGAGGAGAUGCUGAAAGAGAUUUCCUUCAAAACUGUUUACCAAAUGUCAUCUUUCGCAGGCUUCAUCUUGAGCCCCACGGUCGUUUUGAAUCAUUUAAAAGUUUGAAGGAGAAAUUAAGUAGUUCGGAGGAGGAAAUCAGUAAUUUUGAGGAAUCCGACAAACAGGUUGAACAAAAGACAUGUUGCGAAGGGCGUCAGUGUCUUCGAAAAAUACUACUUGCACGUAAGGAGCGCUUGCGAACUGCCCAAAAUACCCCUUCUUGUGCGGAGGGAAAAGAAAAUAUUGUCAGUAACAGUAUCAUAGAAGCAGAUAAACCAGCGAACGGAGACUCACUUCCUCUGGGUAAGAUCCUCCAAAAUAUUAGAGAAGUCCAGUGCAAGGCGAGAGCAGCGGCUGUAUCCGUAACUCGUCUGCUAUGUACAGUUAUUGGGCACUACGAAAAUAAAUUGAACUUGCAGAUCAAGCGAAGAUUUCAAGAUGAUGCAUCAUUUGAGGGAGACAGAAUGAAUUCUAAUUUUGUUUCGAAAGAUUUGGUAUUAUCAGUUCGGGAAUUAGACGUCGAAAUAAACAAGUUAUUUGUAACGACAAACAGAAAUUUGAAGCUGCUUAGUCAGAUAAAUAAAGAUUCGGAAACAACCGACGAAGCAAGGCUGAAAGAGCUAUCCACUAGACUGGAGGCAUCAAGCUUUUCCAUACGGUUUUCGAAGGAACUAAUUCGUUUAAUCACGUUAACCAAGCUUUAUAAAGAUAUAGGCUUGUGA